GAGGGACGUUCUUUCCCGGCCUUUGUGCCGAUUACUUUAGACCCCAACUUCCGUGAAUAGCCACAACACCUCGAACUGAGUCGGCCAUGAUCAGCCCAGAGAAGCAAACUCCGCUAACCUGCUGGCUGCUCGACACACGCAGUCUCUGGCCCGGCGACAGCAUCUCAGAAACUGCCGACGAGGAACUCCAGCUGAUCAGCUCGGAAGAGCGCGAAGCAUGUGUUCGGAAAUACCACAUCGCAGAUGCGAAAAUGAGCCUGGCCUCAGCCUUGCUCAAGCGCCUCUUCGUCGCCAAAACCCUUGGGAUCCCGUGGAAAGACAUCCGCUUCGGACGUAAGCGUGACCCGAAGCACGGGAAACCGUGUGCUCUCCUGCCAGACGGCAGACCUGCGCCCAUAGAGUUCAACGUGUCGCACCAGGCUGGACUAGUUGCGCUGGUGGGAUGCAAAAGCGCGGGUGUGGAAAUAGGAGUUGACAUCGUAUGCGUAAACGAGCGCAACGACUACCGGCUCAUCGAUCAGGAGGGGUUCGACGGCUGGGUCGAUGUGUAUCAAGAGAUAUUUUCUGAAGAGGAAAGUUGGGAUAUGAAGUACAACGUGGAUCCCUUCCAGUUACUGGACGGCACAGAGGUCACGCCUGAGAUGCUGGGUCGGUACGAUCGGUGCUGUAGACGCGACCAGGAACUCGUAGCCACCUUUCCGUCGGGGGAGAAGAGGGAGUUCUCGAGCGACCUGUUGAUCGACGCAAAACUCCGUCGCUUCUACACCCACUGGUGCUACAAAGAAGCGUACAUCAAACUAGACGGGGAGGCACUUCUCGCCAAGUGGAUCAGAGAACUGGAGUUCAAGAACGCGAGGGCGCCGAAGGCCGGGACUGCAGCGAGGUGUAGCACGCAUGGGACGUGGGGAGAAAGAGUAGGGGAUGUGGAGGUGUGGAUGAAGGGGAGGAUAUUGGAGGACGUUCGAAUGGAGAUUCAAGCUUUUGAAGAGAAUUACAUGAUUAGUGUGGCGGCAAAGACGGCGGAGGGGCUGCCGGAGGUGUUGACCGAUUUUACGAGUGUUCAUUUGGAGCAUGAUAUCAUGGACUUCGCCCGAUCUGUCUGAGCCCGCGGGCUGGCACGUACAUAGAAGAGGGAUGCCGCACACAUGGUCUCUGAAAGGAUGGAUACUGGUCCACUUGUUUCAGCCCUUCACCCCGCCCACACAAUCGAACCAGCCCAACCCGCAAUCGCCGCGAGCUCCUAGAGAACGCCCCAUCUCUCCGCAAACCGAUCAUUCCCCGGAUCCGUGUUCCUCUCAUACUCACUACAAUCUGCCACAAAACU